GCGGCGCUCUGACAGAUUUGCAGAGUUAUAAUAAACAUUCACCUUUAAACAAAUAAAUGCUCCAACGUUUCCAUAUUAGAUCUUGUUUAACACACGUUAAACGAUCUUCUCUAUUGAUAAUUAUAAACCUGGAUUUUUUCUUUGUUUGUUUCUACAUUAUUCCAGCAUCGGAUGCAAAUGCCGCCAAUAUUCUCAUCAUCCUAAAAGAAGACUUGUUUCAACACGAACAGGAAUAACCCCAGGUGUUUCAACUGAGAUCUGCGGAAUAAAACGUUGUAAAAUGAUGUUUAUUAAAGAAGAGAGUGAGGACAUGAGUUAUCCAGAAUCAUGCAGUUCAAAUGUCAUGAAAAAUGAAGAUACUGAAGAACAAAGAGAUCUGAUGGACAUGAAAAAGGAAAUUCAAAAACUGAAUGAAGUGAAGGAGGAACACCAUCCGGAUCUUUAUAGUUUCAAAACUGAAAAAAACACUUUUAGUGACUCACAAACUGAAAAGAAUUCCUCACAGAAAAGAACUCAAAGAACAAGAGACAAAAAUGAUUUCAACUGUCAUCAGUGUGGGAGUACUUUUACACGUAAAGAAAGUCUUAAAAACCACAUGAGAAUUCACACUGGAGAGAAGCCUUUCAAAUGUCAUCAGUGUGGGAAUACUUUUAGAUAUAAAGAAAGUCUUGGUAACCACAUGAGAAUUCACACUGGAGAGAAGCCUUUCAAAUGCCAUCAGUGUGGGAAUAGUUUUACACGUAAAGCAAGUCUUGAUAAGCACAUGAGAAUUCACACUGGAGAGAAGCCUUUCAAAUGCCAUCAGUGUGGGAAGAGUUUCAGACACGCAUGUAGUCUCAGAAGUCAUUUGUCAUUUCACUCUGGAGAAAAGUCAUAUUGCUGUGAUCAGUGCGGCAAAACAUUUUCUUCAACAUCGAUCUUAAGAACACACCGGAAAAUUCAUGCAAAUGAGAAGCCUUACUUGUGUUCUCUUUGUGGAAAGACUUUUUUGUAUGUGCAAAGUUUAAAAGACCACCAGAGAAAACACACCGGUGUGAAAGAUCAUGUGUGCUCUGAGUGUGGGAAGGCCUUUCAUAGAGCUUCUUACUUGGAGCUGCACAAAAGAGUCCAUACAGGAGAAAAACCAUACAAGUGUUCACAUUGUGGAAGGAGUUUCACUAGUUCAGGAAACCUGAAAAAACACGAGAGAGUGCAUACUGGAGAGAGGCCGUACCAAUGUACUUCAUGUGGGAAGAGAUUUAUUAAGGCAGGAAACAUGAAAGCGCACGAGAGAGUGCAUACUGGAGAGAAACCGUACCACUGCACUUCAUGUGAAAAAAGGUUCAUUAGGUCAGAAGACCUGAAAAAACAUGAGAGAUUGCAUACUUUAGAGAAGCUUUAACACUGCACUUUACGUGGGAAGAGUUUCAGCCAAUUAUGGCACUUUUCCACUGUGCGUUACAGUUUCGACUCUACUCGCUUUACUUUUAUGAGCUUCCUUUUCCACUGCUGUUUAGUGCCGCCUCAACAUGGGUGGGAUUAUAGGCUGAUCAUCACAGUUGCGCCACUUCUACUGCCGUGACAUCAUCUUAAACGCAACACAAAACAAUAAACAACAACACGACAGCUAACUGUUAGCUACUAGCUCAUUGUGUGCAUAAAGCAGUUGUUGCAUGGUGAUUUUACACAAGUGUAACAGUUAAAUUGGCUCAUUUAUUGACCAUGGCUUGGUUUUGCGCACAGCCAUUUGUUUUUAUAAAUCGAAAGUCACGUGAACAAAUGAUACUGCUAUCGCUGUAGCUAACAUUAAAACUAGCGGGUUGAUGUCCCGUGUCUAAAAUCCAGUGAUGCUGGUAGUGACGAUUCUCUCUGACCAAUCAGUGAUCUGCAGGGUUUUGACAUCACAUUUAGUAUCGGCUUGGCUCACUUGGAACCUUGAACAAGGUGGUACUAAAAAGUACCAGGUACUAUCCACAGUGGAAAACCCCCAAAAAUGUGAGCAGAGUCGAGUUGUACCGUGCAGUGGAAAAGCCGCAUUAGGCUCUCUUCAGACUCAUAGAUAACAACAUUGUCCAGUCUUUUCACAUUGAGCUUAAAGUGCAAAUAUUAUGAUUUUUAAACGUGCCUGAUUUUGUUUUAAAAGUCUCAAAUACAAUAGAUUUACAUGCAUCCAAGAUCAAAAAACACUUUAAUAUGCUCAUUAUUUAAAUUGAGCCAUUACAUUUUUUUUCCCCAGUGUCAAAGACGAUUCAUUCAAUGAUCCGUUCUAAAGUAUUCAUUCUAAACUCCUUUCAGAGAGCCUACUCUGCUCUGAUUGGUCAGAUGUCCCAGUCUGUUGUGAUUGGUCUACCGCUUAGUAUAGUGUUUGAGGGUGGGUCAAAGCUGUUUGCAACCAGCCAAUGAAGACCAGAGGCAGGUUUUUUCUUACCAAAUUACAUAGGUUAGUACAGGAAGUAAGCCUGGAAUUACUAACGUCUCGUUUCAGGUGUUCAGUAUCAGUUCUUUUGGGAGUCAAUACCUCCAUUUGUCAUGCACUUUGAUUUUUUUAAAUCACAUGAAAGUUUAUUUUUUUUUUACAUUCACAAACAGCAAUAUAACACACUACAUGAAAGGUAAUAUUUGAAAAAACAUAAUAGGUGCUCUUUAAUCAAUCUUUAUUGCAUGGCAAAAUAGUAUGAUAUAAAAAUAAAAAAACAGGAUGGAUUUUUUUCUGAAAAUAACAAUUACAAUUAAGUGGGUGAAUUGUCACAUUACCUAUUGUUCUGAUUGUGCUGUCAUUCUAUGUAACAAGGUAAAAGGUUAUUUGUACUUUCUCAAUA